AUAUAUAUAUAUAUAUAUAUAUAUAUAUAACAUGUAAUAAUUAAAGUAAAAAUGAUUGAUGCACACAUCUUUCGAAUGGAAAUAAAUAACAAGUAUUUUGGGUGUAUUGUUCAUCAUAUUUAUUUUCAUAUAAGCAACAGAACUUUAAUUACAUCCAGUUCAUAGCAACACAGUGCACGAGUGUGAAUCCCGCGAUAUCCGCCUUUGAUCUCGUAGGUUCUGAUCCACUAUGAGAACAGAGAACUGUCCGUCUUGCCCGCACUUUUUUCACUCCUCUCCUCACUGUGGCCGCCUGCUCUCACCUACAUUUCAGGCGAGGCGCAUCUCAAACAAGCCUAUGUCAACAAGAUGACAUCCGCUAGCUGGGCAACCAAGGAAACGCCUACUAGCGACCCUGCCAGUGUCAGCAUUUGGCGACAUGCAGCGAUAAAGUGGUCGAUUGUGAUGUGAGCGGCGGUUUUAGAUUGGUUUAGGCUUACUGCGUGAUUAAAGUGCUUGACAAACGACCAAGGAACAUGGUUAAUGCUUUUAUUUUGUUCUUUGUGUGCUUGUGGCGUCUGGUUGAUGUGACAGAUGGAGUGAAGUCAGUGUCAGUGAUGGAGGGAGAUUCUGUCACUCUAAACAUUGAUGUUACUGAGACACAGAAAUAUUUGUUGAUACAUUGGGCGUUCGGAAGCACUCGAAUAGCUGAAGUCAGCAGGCUCACACAAACCAACUCAACGUAUGAAGGUCCUGAUGAGGGAUUCAGAGACAGACUGAAACUGGAUCAAACCGGAUCUCUGACCAUCACAAACACCAGAACCACAGACUCUGGACUUUAUAGAGUAACAGUUAUCAGCAAAGAGACCAGCUACAUGAGUUUCAGUGUUAAAGUCUGUGAGACUCCACAAAGUACCUCAUCUCCAGAAAGAUCAUCAAACUCCAACUUUUUGCCGUCCAGCUGUGCCGGGAACGAUUCAACCAUCAUCCAGACUGAGGAUGUCAACAUUACUGAACUCCAUCAGCCAAGUUCAGACCACAUCAACUGUUGUGGUCUUACUGAGGCUGUGAUCCGAUUGGUCGUCUCUGCUCUGGUGGGCAUGGCUGCUGUUGCUUUUUUGGUAUAUGACAUCAGAUCUACAAGAAGUGAGCUGAACAGGAUGGAAGAGACUAGACAUCACCGUCAGACCCAUCGAGUAAAAUCAGACCAGUAUGAAAUGAGCAGAAGGUUUAGUUCCAGAUAUGUUUGCUGAAGUUUGCUGGUAUAAUCACGAAAAUAAAACUGUACAGAUUUCCUAUACUUACACAGCUAUUUAUUAACAGAUUAUUUUUCUUCCAUUUUUGAUCGUAUUUGCACUUAAUAUAAUUUUUAUUGAUUUAUUAAAUUAAAUUCAUGGCUCCAAACAUAAUUACCCUAAACAAAAUAAUAAUUAGCAUCACAUAUGGCGCCAUAGAAUUAUCUCAUAAGCUCUUGUGUCUGUUGAAACGUUGUUUGUGGUUACUUUUAAUAAAGAUUUAGUUUUACAACAA